GUCUCAAGCUUCAAGCUGCCGCUCGAAUAAAACAUACCGCUUUCGUUCUAUCCCUCGUGUCUUACUACUAUUGCGAUUGACGAUAUCAUACUCUACUUUAUACUGGGCGGACUUAAGGACAAAUCAACCAGAUCUUCAGAGACAAAACGGCCAGAAGACUGAUCAGUUUAUAACGCCCCCUACGGAUUGUUGCAUCCCGAUUCGAAGGAGAGGACGAUCUGGGAGCCAAAAACUUAGGACGAAGCAGAGUAACAAAAAAUACUGUGCCACCCGCGGUGCUGUCUUGCCAGGGGCACCUCGAUUCAGGUCAAACGGGUGACGGACGGACGAUCAGUAAGAUCAUCGUCGAAGCCGCCAUAACCCCAUCAACAUCGCCCAGUACUAUACCAUCACGAACCCUACGAUAUCUUGAACGUAUCCCACCACGUUAGCAUCAACAAUGACCGCACCUCUCAACUCGAUCCCCUCUCUCAUCCCUCUGCCUUCCAAUGGCGCACCAGUGUCUACCUCCAAGGCUGAUGACAACCUGGCCGACGACAUUUUCUCCACACUUUUCUCGCCUGCAACUCCUCCUGCUUCCCCACGAAGUUCUCCAACCGAAACAAAUGCCACUUCUCAACGAUUGACCUCGAAACCUGACCGUCCACCCAUUGCCCACAAUCAUACACGAACGUGGAGCAACGCCUCCUCUAGCUCCGAAUUUGGCUCCUUCGUAUCCGUACCCCCAUCAGAUGCACCUCUCCAACCAUCACUUUCAGCUUCACACGAUGACCCACUCUCUACCUGGAAUGGAUUAGGUUCUCAUUCUCCAUCGCAGAUUUUCUUUGAUCAGUUCACGGAAGAGGCUACUGCCGCGAACGAGAGGAACAAGAAUGGGUACCUAGAGGAGCUAUUGCGGCAUGAGGACGACCCACUUUAUUGGUUGACCUCGAACAACGAAAAUCUGAAUGCUGGUGCGUCGAUUUCGGGAACGGGUGGCGAGACGCCUGUACGUUCCCUCACGCCUCAACAACAUGCGCCAACACCACUCGUAUCGAUCCCUCAGCCUCUCGUCCCAUUACCACCACCUUCACAAUCGUCUUCCUCGUCUUCAUCGUCUUUGGUGCCUGAGUUAAGCUCGACAACGUUCCUUGUUCCGGGGUCAGAACCACCCAAACCUACGCCCUCGCCGCUUUCCGGGUUCGAUAGGCUGAGCGCGUCACUUCCGACGUUACCACCACCACCAUCUUCAUCAACUUCAUCUCUGCUCCAUUCCCGUCCAGUCGAGACGAAACCGCCCCUUACUCGACAUCCGUCUCGACUUCAGAACCUUACAUCACCGUCACCUUCAAGUUCCACUCCCACGAGUGCGCGCAGCAACGGAUCUUCGAGCCACACCCAUACACACACGCCGGGCAAUCCCGCCGCAUUUAACACACCCAACACGUUCAUUAAUACCACUGCAACCUCACCACCAGCACGUUCACCUUCUUUACCUCCUUCCCCGACGAUGACUCGCUCAACGCUGAGCCCUCCCCGUGUAUCAAGGACGAAUUCACAAACCACGUUCUCCAUACCCGGGGCAUUCCAUGAUUCGCAUCCUCACCCAUACUCGCAUGUCCACGCUCAUCCGCAACCUGAUCUGCACUCCGAAUCACACUCCCAUUCGCAUCCAACCUCUCUCUCAAGCACGCCUCCACCUCUAUCUUCGAUGCCGACUACGACUGCGACCACAGCGACAACGGGGACACUGACGCCCGGAGGAACCAACCUCACCUCGUCUUCAAGAUGGAUGUCUUCCUUCCUCUCCACUAGAACAGCGCUCGCGAACACGUUAGCCAGUGCAGUGACCAUCGUUCCUCCACCUUCGCCUCCCCCUGGCGCAUUACCGCAUCACUCGAACACUUACGACUCGCAUUCGAAUACUCCGCAUUCACGAUCACGGAGCAUCUCGGCACACGGGACACCUUAUCACGCCUCGACGCUCCCUCUUUCUACGUCUCUAGGCGCUUCUGGGAUGCUGGGCCCACCGGGCAAACGAGAAACGGACAUAACUCACGGUACGCCGUUUGGUACGCAAGUCUACGUUCCUCCUAGCGGAGCACCGGGGUUCAAUGGAAAUAAGGGCUGGAAUAAAGGAGGGUUCGAGUUUGAUGAGGAGGGUGUGGAGAGAAAGCGGGGCGUGGAGAAGAAGAGUGUGUUGUUACUUGGGAGGAAGGAGAGUACGGAGGCGGUCUUGACGGGCGAUGUUGCAGAUGAGAUCCGACCCUACCUCCCUGCUCUAUCUCGCCUCCCCAAGUCAUGGACCCUCCUGUUCUCUUUGGACCAACAUGGGAUCUCGCUGCAAACGCUAUACUCUAGGUGUGAGGCACAUGUGGGAGGGGCGCUGGUCGUGAUCAAGGAUGAGGGCGAGGCUGUGUUCGGAGUGUGGAUGGGGGAAGGCAUAAGAAAGGAGAGGGGAGGAUAUUAUGGGAGUGGAGAGUCAUUCUUAUGGAAAGUGAAGGAUAAGAACAAGCCAGAGGUCAAGGUGUACAAGUGGACGGGAAAGAACGAUUACGUUGCGCUCUGCGAGCCCGGGUAUAUUUCGUUUGGUGGAGGUGACGGUCACUACGGACUCUACCUCGACGACACCCUCUACGACGGUUCUUCAGCACCUUGUCCGACGUUCGGGAACGAGGCACUUUGUACGGGUGGCGAGAAGGGAGGAGCGAAGGCGGGGAAGGGCGGCACAGUCGAGUUUGUCUGUGUGGGGUUGGAAGUAUGGGGGAUUGGUGGUAUGGGAUCGUGAGGCCCUGCUGGAAUGGGAAUGUCGACCACGAGAGGCAGAUAAAGAAUCACUCUAAAGGCUGAUCAUCGGGGACAGGGCAGUCAGUGGACGCGGGAUGUUGUACAUUGUAUUCUGACAUUUGGACAGAGUUUUAGGGUGGAUUGUGCGAUACAAGUUUAUCCUCUAUCACCACUCUCAUCUCUCUCUUUUCGUGUCACAAGACGCCCACAAAGAAAAGCUGUCAAAUAACAAGAAUGACUUUGGGCUCGGAAGACGACUAAAUAUGCACCUCGACGUCCUACGAUCACCAGCUUUGUACCUCCGAGGACGAAUUGGAGGACUAUUAGAAGACUCAGCAUUUGAAUCACCCUCCCAGCUGCUCCCCAACGAGGUUCGGAACGGACGCCUCAUUUUCCCACCCGCAAACACCGGGCAGCAACUU